AUGCCAGCAAAAUCAUCAUUCUUACAGGCCAACAAAACAAAAUCCAAAACCAACAAUGCCGACUAUGGAAUUUCUACAUAUCUCCCGUCUCAUAAUAGUGACGCAGAAUACUUGAAAUCACUUCUAGAGGUUUGCCUUCGCCUACUUACGGACAUCCUAUCAAAAUGCCAAGUUUCCUCAUUCGGCAUGGAUCAUCGUGCUCAUGUAGUGAUUGUGCUACACGGCGCUCCAAGACGAAGUGGUCCUUUUUGUUUGCAAGCAUCUUUAGCUUCCAGUGUUGGUGAAUUUGUUAGGAACGUGGCUAGGAGAGUGUCCAUCUGA